AUGGAAUCAGAAAACCACACAAGGGUAGGAGAAUUUCUACUUAUGGGUCUCUCAGAGGAUCCAGACGUGCAACCCCUCCUCUUUGGACUGUUCCUGUCUGUGUACCUGGUCACAGUGCUUGGGAACCUGCUCAUCAUCCUGACUGUCAGCUCUGACUCCCACCUCCACACCCCAAUGUACUUCUUCCUAUCCAACCUGUCAUUCACUGACAUCUGUUUCUCUUCCACAAUGGUACCAAAGAUGCUUGUGGACAUCCAGAGACAGUGUCAUACCAUCAGUUACACAGGCUGCCUCAGCCAGAUUUCCUUUGCCCUGACUUUUGGUGGAAUGGAAAACUUUCUUCUUGCAGUUAUGGCCUAUGACCGUUAUGUGGCUAUCUGCAAUCCCCUUAGGUACACAGUCAUUCUGAGUCCCCAUCUGUGUGUCCUACUGAUUGUACUGUCUGUUUCCAUCAGCAUUGUGGAUGCACUGCUUCACAGUCUGAUGGUGCUGCAGCUGUCCUUCUGCACAGACCUGACAAUCCCACACUUCUUCUGUGAACUUGCCCAGCUCAUAAAACUUGCUUGUUCUGACACUUUCAUCAAUACCAUUUUGGUGUAUAUGGUGACUGGCAUAUUGGGUAUUGUUUGUCUCAUUGGGAUUAUUUUCUCUUAUGUUAAAAUCUUCUCAUCCAUCCUGAGAAUGUCUUCAGCUAAGGCAAAGUAUAAAGCCUUUUCUACCUGUGGAUCACAUCUCUCAAUUGUCUCUUUGUUCUAUGGGGCAGGUUUUGGGGUAUAUGCUAGCUCUGAAUUCACAAGUUCAUCUAGCAGUUCUGCAAUUGCUUCCUUGAUGUACACGGUGGUCCCUCCACUUAUGAAUCCAUUUCUCUACAGCCUGAGGAACAGAGAUGUGAAAGAAGCCUUGAAGAAAAUCAUCAGUAGGCUGACUACAUCAUUGAUAUGUAUAUCUCCACUUGACCAUUUUUUUUUUCUUCCAAGGAAAAUAAAUGGCCAGGUAAUGACUGCUAAUGCAGUUGUGCCCUCUGGUCCUGAUGAAAGUGACAAGAACCAAUUUCAGGGUGACUUGAUAACUACUUUCUGUGUUUUGGAAAAAUAUGUGGAACUUAUCACUUUACCAGACACUAGUACAAUCUUCAAGCACUUCUUAAAUAUGUAUCUCAUCCAAAUAGUAGUGGUCACACCUAAGAAAAUAAUCUAA